UGGCAAGAAUUGGAGCACUAAGCUCAGGACUAAACUAUUCUGCAGAGGCGCAAUAAAUCCUUUAAUCCAUCUGUUCAGCAUUGGGAACAGCAGUUGUCUUUUGCAGCGCUGUUGUCGUUUUGCCAUAAUUGCUGCUUUUGCACUUUUACUUCAAGCAUCUCAUGGUGGCAUGUCAACAAUGUUGGAAAAUUAAAGACAUUGGGAUUAACGUGGAUCAGCAUUGUAAUGGUCGAUUUUUUGGAAGAUCUGCCCCCCACCUCUGAAUAUCCUCAGUGUAUCUUUGGCCGUAUUCCCAGCCAGAGCACUGAGCCCUUCCCCCAAACGUGACAUUUGCCCCACCCUCCCAAUACGUUUGUGUUCAUGGAGGACUAUGAUGUGGACAUGGAGGGAGAAGUAUUCGUGAGGAAGACCACAGUGGGCCACUGGUGGGAGCACAGUGGAGAGGAUGACGACUGUGACAUACAACACCAGAGAGGAGGAAGAGGCUGCAUGGUAAACAGCCGCAGCUGGGCUGAGGAGCUCCAGGAUAUCUUUGCGCCACAGGCAGUAGACUGUUACAGUGGAGGGCGAACCAGACUCUCCAGUAUCUCUGCCCAGAGGAACGAGAGAGAGUCCAUCAGGCAGAAACUUGCCCUUGGCAGUUUCUAUGACGACGAGCCCGUCAUCUACACUAGCUGCAGCAAGACCGGCCCGUCUUCCCGGCUGCAGGGUGGGGUGAACCUGCAGGUGUGCUAUGUUAAUGACAGCAACAGCGACAAAGACAGUGAUGCUGAGGACAGCCGGACAGAGACCAGUCUUGACACUCCGCUGUCACCUGUGAGCAAGCAGAGCUCUUCGCUAUCAGACCGGGACACAGCGGAGGAGGACUCCGACCCAUUAGAUGACUGCAGCGGGUUCUGGCGGGUGCAGCGGAGACUGCAGGAAGAGGCCAGGGUGGCGCUGGCUCUAGCUCGACCCAUGGCUCGCAUGCAGGUGGAGGUGGAGAGGCAAAUCCAACUGCACAGACGUUCUCCCGUGGCCGACUUGCUUCCUCAUUUGCCUCACAUCAGUGAGGGUCUGAUGAAGAGGAGUUUGAGGCGAGGGGACAUGAGGGACAUGAGUCUUGGACAGCUGCAAGUCAUCACAAAUGACUUACACUCACAGAUUCAGAGUCUAAAUGAAGAGCUGGUGCAGUUGCUGCUAAUGAGGGAUGAGCUGCACGUGGAGCAGGAUGCAAUGUUGGUGGACAUAGAGGACCUCACCAGGCACGCUCACAGCCACCAGCGGCACCAUGCAGAGAAAGCCAUCUCUAAAUAAAAAAAAACCCAGUCCUCACGUGUGUCCGUCUGCUCGUCCUCCAACCCACAGCUUCAUGGACUGUCACCAGUGUUACUAAUAAAAACUCCAUCUGUGCUGACUGUUUCUGAAGAACUGAAUACAGCAUAAAGCAUUAAUCACACAUGACGUGCUGCGCCACAGGUUGUAGUCGACGGACAGGGGGAGAUUGCUGCUUUCAGUUUGAACACAGCUGAGUUUGUGCAGGCUUUUCACUUCCACUCAGCAUGAUUAAUCAAAGCAUCACUCACAGAUUUAGGGGGAACUCUUGACUUAAUUCCAUCCCCAACACUGAUUUACCUCAUAAGUUUGCACAGCACACUCAUGUAUGUUAAUGGGAUUGGAGGGAACCCCUUCACACAUUGUUCCUCAGAAAGGAUGAUGACUUUCAGGGGCCACGUGAACAUCGGUUUACUUUGUAUUUUGUUUCUCUAUAUAGUGAUCAAAAAGAUUUAACCGUUCUCCUCUACAUUUGCCCUAUUCACCUUUUUUUCCCCCACUAAAAGCACUAUCAUCACUUUUUAAUUCACAUCUUGUGUCUGACCUGUUGCAUCAGAAAUUGAUAAACAACAUUUGCAGGUUUGAAAUAGCUAAAGAUUAUUUAGACACGAAAUUGACUAACAGUUUCUACCUGCUUCAUAUGCUGUAUGCAUUAAGAGAUAUGAGGCAACAUUUUUUUAGAUCGGUUUGUAUUUGUCAAAUGUGGUGAUACUUGAUAAAAUAGGCAGAGGUGAUUGGGAUUAAAAAUAGAGAUAUAGAGGAAGCAAAGGUUAAGGAAUGUUGACAUGGACAGCGUCUUAGUAAAAAUAUGCAAUGCAAUUUUUGUUAUGCUCAAUUUACCAAUGCAAAAGAGUUUAAAGUAUGAAAAAAUAUAUGAAACGACCAUAUUAAUAAAUAAUAGCCGAUAUCUAUUUUAUCUGUUUUAAAAGGUUUAUGGAUAUACUGUAUGUAAAUGUUAAGAGACUUUAUUAAAAGGAUGAAGAACAUGCCUUGUUGUCCAGAUGUGUUUAGGUGUUUUCACCACAAGCUUUUUAAGAAUGUCAGUUAAAGUCAAUUUUUUUUCUUUUGUUUGCUCCAAUGAUUAAUGUACUGUAUUAUGAUUGUUAAAAAAAACCAAAUCCAAUAAUAAACGUUUCAUUGGUGUGAA